CUCCCCAUCGUUCGACGCGGUUAGUCGUCGUCCAGAGAGAGCUUAGCUUAGUAUACUGAACGGCAGCAUCGGCAGCGGCCUCUCACCUCCACGCCACGACGAUCGCAUCGCUUCGGUUCUACGGUCUUCGGUCAGUCGUGCGCUGGGACCAUUCGAAAGUGGUACCGUAUUAUUGAAUCACCCUGUAAACAGGGCCAAACGAGAAGGAUUCAGAGUCGGAGGGAGAACGAGCAAGAGAGAGAGAGAGAGAGAGCGAGAGAGAAAGGAGUGCAGGACGAGAGUGAGUGCGCGUGAAUGGUGGUGCUGUUGUUGUUCUUCUAGACGGCGCGGUACCAGAGAGGCCCUUCCAACAGAGGCCAGGCCACGACAAGACCGGACUAGACCCGACCAGACUGCCUGGUACCUCUUCAGUACAGUACCAAGAGUGCCCAAGCCCAAUGGUCGCGUAGCAUGUAUCGCGCUUCCACGUCCAAGCGUUAGAUCCAAAUUCAAGAAUAUUAUCACGAACCGCUCCUGCCCUUCCUUCAUUUUCAACCGCACUCAUCGAUCUCGUUUUGUGGUUCCUGCGAGGAUAAGUGGUCAUCAAGGUCUGCUGAAAUGUGGGGGCAGCUCAUCCUAUUCUCACUCUUCUCCUUCACCGACGCUCUACUUAAUGAAAAUUGCAGUCCGAAGUCCUGCAGAUCGGGCAUGGAUUCCAAGAAGGCGGCGUGCGGUUCGGACGGAGUGUCGUAUGUGAACCGAUGCCACCUGGAAUUGGCGAGAUGCCAGCAGAGGAAUCUGACGUUCGUCCACAGAGGCAACUGUCGGCCGGACGAACAGCAGACGUGCGCCGCUCACGCCAUCGCCGUAGCCAUCCUCAACUCUGCGUCCUCCAAGUCUUCGGCGACGGCCUCGGACAGAUACGCUCCGCAAUGCAGGACGGAUGGUAACUUUGCUGCAGGGCAAUGCCAUCCGCAGAUCGGUUACUGCUGGUGUGUCACGGCGCAGGGCUUCCCCAUCCCUCUCACCGUCGUUCCCUACAGAACAGGACUGAAGCACAAAUGCGGCAAGAUCAAGAAGUCGACGAUGCGUCGAUCCUCAGCGAAUGGCGCCGGCCAGAAGAAACCUGCGAAAGCAUGCAGUCUAGAGGAUAAGGCACUCUUCAACAGCAAUCUCAUCCACAUCUUCACCACUGAAUGGAUGCGCAACACGGAGCAACCAAAGUCGGCUGCAACUGAUGCCAAGGUGCUCGAGUGGAAGUUCGAUAAUAUGAAUUUGGAUAAGAACGAGCACUUGGAUAGGAACGAGUACAAGGAUUUGAAGAGGCUUGUCAAGAAGGUGGUGAAGCCGAAGAGAUGCGCAAAGUCCUUCGCCAAGGCGUGCGACAUGAACCGUGACCAGAUGAUCACCAAGCACGAGUGGGCUCAGUGCUUGACCCGCGACGGGAAGGACGAGAAAGCGGGAGGAGAAGAAGCUCAGAACCUGGACCAAGAUGAGGAAGAUGAAGCCGACGAAGGAGAGGACAUCCAUCUGCCGCCGUACCGUCCCAGUAGCAUCCUAACAGACGGUUCGAGGAACUUCAACGGUGGCACGAAUUACGACGACGACUCUUCGGAGAGACGCGACGAAGACGAAACCGGAUGUCUAUCGGAUAGGAAGACGGCGUUGGGCGAAGGUACGCAACUGUAUGUUCCCGAAUGUACACCGGACGGUCGUUACGCAAAGGUUCAAUGCUACAAAUCCGCUGGUUAUUGCUUUUGCGUGAACGAAGACACCGGCAAGAAUAUAGCAGGAACAGCGGUCAAAGAUCAGGUCCCGAAGUGCGAUCAAAUCGUUACAGUCAGCAGGUCGAUGAAGGGUUGUCCCGAUGACAAGAAGAACGCCUUCCUCAAAGAUCUGAUGGAGUAUCUUCAUACUAGCAUGAUAAAAGAAACCAAUGGCACCACAAUCACAGGAAUUGGUGGUUCCGCCUGGCGGUCGACGAAGGAAGAGCAAGUGGCGUCCUGGAGCUUCGUGUUCUUCGACAAGAAUAAAAACAAGGUUCUCGACAAAGCCGAAUGGAAAAGCUUCAAAGAUACCAUGUCCACCGUGAAGAAUCUCAAGAGAUGCGGUAAAAAGUUACCGAGGUACUGUGAUAUAAAUAAAGACAGGCACAUCAGCAUGACGGAAUGGUUGGAUUGCCUCAACACGAACAAAUAUCAAGAGCCAUUGUAG